AUGGAAACUAUCUUUAUCACCAUUCAUGAUUUAUCUCUUGAUGCACGAAUCAAGUACUGCUCGGAAUCUAUCCAGGACAUUCUUGGCUACAAACCUCACGAGGUAAAAGGCAAAUCAUGUUGGGAAUAUUUCCAUCCAGACGAAAUACCGUUUGCCAGAGCGAUUCAUGGCCGAGGUCUCGACCUCGAGAAGGCGGCUGCGCUGAAUUACUGCCGGAUACGGCACAGGGAUGGUACCUGGAUUGGAAAAGGGGAAAAAGCUCAGCAACGAGCUGUCGAUGGCGCAACGGUCAGACGAGUAUUCGCUUCUUCACCACGAGAUCCUCGGUACCAUAUGCUGUCCUACAUCUCGAACAAGUUCAUUCAGAAAAUAAACUUCACCACACGGGAACCCCGCGCCGCGCUGGUGUUGAAUCGAUUUACGAGGACAUCGUCUGUAAUGUUUGCGACCAAUGGAGUUGAACAGAUACUUGGACUUUCCUCAGCAGACCUGGUUGGCAAAAGCUUUUAUUAUUGUAUUGCUGAGAACUGCUUGGCCGACGCUGUCCGAACCUUGGAAAGCGCCAAACAGAACGAUUCCAUCGCUUACCUUCGAUUCUUUUUCCGAGAUCCAACCUUACCUGAUCCUCCACUCAUCCAGGACCGCCUCAGCGAUACAGACGAGGACGAUGAUGAGGGAGGCGUAUUACUAUCGAGAGGGUCGAGGGAAUCUAGUGUCUCUACCACCUCGACUACGGUCAUGCAGGACGUCGACAACAUCCCGCGUGUACAAGUGAACACUCCACCACUGAAUGGACAUUCAACACAACCAAGGGACAUUAGAGGAGAUAGUCGAGAUAAUUCCAUAGGAGAUGGUAUCGAUUCACGCACAUCUUCUGGUAACAGCACAGACAUGGACACCAAUUCAUAUGAUCGCAUCUUCGACCGACCCAACCAGGUGGCUCGAUCUUCCGCCUCGUCUAUCACACCACCGAAUGGCCUUACUGGCCAAUCGACUCCCAAUGCUAUUGAAGUUGAAGCGGUAGUGUCAUGCACAUCAGAUGGUCUUGUGGUCGUGUUGCGUCGAGCUCAUCCUUUGGUACCAACCACUGCCACACCAGACUCAGAACAGCCUUCGUUUCCUAAUGGGUUGUUCGCAUCUCCUUGGGCUCCUGAACCUAUAUUACCAGAUGAUAUGAAACAGGCUGCUUCUGUCCCGGCGCUGCAACCUGUGACCGAACCGAUUGAGUCCGGCUUCAUGAGCGCUAUCAGAGACGUGGCUGUGUUCGCAUGGUCACUGACAGGUAUUAACGGAUCCAUGAUCGACCUGGCAAUCGGCACCCCUACUGGAGAAGCCAUUCCGCCCGGUGGACUUCCCGUGUGGGAUCCCAAUGCGCCACCUGGGCAGAACGAUAAUCACAAUGGUUUCUCAGGUGGUACCCAUCGGCCAAUACAGGGCAUGGGCGAGCCAGCCGACCAGGGUCCUCUAACAGAUACUGGAUUUUCAAGCAGCGAUGAUGAAGUUGUAUGGAAACGAGUGCCUCGAAUGCCUGCUUUCAAGAGACCAAAGAGAAGGGUUUAUCUCGACGCAUUUGGGUCAGAUGGAGAUGAUUCGGCGGACCAUUCAGCUGAUCAGUUAGGCGGCGUAGACAUACAAGAUAGAAGGAGGAGGAAGCUGGCUAACGGAUUACGGCAUAACUCGUCCAACUCAUCAUAG